GGUCGCUCCAAGCCCGGCCAAAGGAAUCCACCAGAACCUCGAGAACCUCGAGAGGACAGGGUUGCGACCGUGUGUGAGGGAGUGAGUCUGUCUGGUACACCUUGGGAGCCACACGUGGACCGCAAAUGACGCGCGACGCGGCCGACCCCGACGCGCGGCACGCUCGCGGCAUGCACGCGGAGGGCGACGACUGGUCCAAGCUCCCAAAUUCGCAGCGCAAGGAUCGGCCGCUCUCGUCGGCGCAGCUCAAGGAGCUGGCAGCAAAGUCGAACGGGAAGGGCUUUGUGGCGCUCGCGGGCAACUGCUCCCUUAUCCUCGCCACCGGCGGCGCCAUCAUGCUCACCGACGGCGUGCUUGUGCCGGCGCUGUGGCGGCAGGCGUGGCCGCCGCUCCUGCUGCUGCUGCUGCUGCUCUGGCAAGGCUUCCUGCUGUCCGCGCUCGGCUUCGCCGCGCAGCACGAGUGCCUUCACUACACCGCCUUCCGCACAAAGUCGCUCAACAGCCUCGUCGGCCGGCUUGUCUCGGUCCCGUCCUUUGCCUUUUUCCUGCACGAGCAGGCGAUGCACAAGGAGCACCACACGUACACGCAGGACUUGGAGAGGGACCCGGAACUGGUCGCCGAGGUGGCGGGCUGCACCUACUCGGGCGCCGCCUCCGGGCUCCCCGACGGAGUCGACCUCGCCGCCGUGGCUGCCGCAGGGCGAGACGCUUCGGUCGACUACUCGUCCGACGGGUGGCUGCUCAAGCACUGCCCGCCAGGCGCGCGACUCACGGCUUCGCUGCAGUACGAGGCGCGCGUGCAGGCCGGAGGCACGCUGGCGCUGCUCCUGCUCUGGCUCGCCGCGCUCGGCUGGCGCUCGCUGCUGCUGACUUGGCUGCUCCCCGCCUACCUCGGCCCGCCGCUCCUCUACUUCGUCCAGAUGCACGAGCAUGCCGCUUGCGCGCUCGACCCGGACGGCCUCUCCAACACGCGCACGACGCUCACCUCGCCGCUGAUCAACUUUGUGAUGUGGAACAUGAGCUACCACGCCGAGCACCACCUGUACACCAUCCUCCCCUUCCACGCCCUCCCGCGCGCGCACGCCCUCCUCAAGCAGAACCUCGUCAACCUCUCUGAGGGCGGACACCUGUCGGUGCACAGGCAGGUGCUCGGCUCGUGGAUCCGCGAGCAGCACGACGCCAUCGUCAAGGCGGCGAAGAGCGGCGCGGCGGGCAAGGAGAACGAGAAGAGUGACUAGCGCUUUCGCGGGCGUCCCCACGCAGUGCCCAGUGCGGUGUACCUUUCCCCCUUGUGUUCUUGUCAUUGUGCACAUGCACAGUGCUUACGUUUGGGCUACGGGGUGUACCGUAGUAGCAUGUAUCAUGUAUGUGUAUGUGUGUGUGCGACGUGGUAUAUGAGGGUUCCGAGGAGCGAGGUGGUCAGCUCUUGCCAGUGUAUCAUUCUCAUCUCUGUCAUCGCAGC